AUGGGAAAGACUCAUAGAAAGAACCAACCCCAGGGCCGCACACGCACAACCAGAUCCUCAAAACCCCGCCUCGUCCUCUCAGAUCCAAAUGAAUCGUCGGCUCAGCUCGAUAACCAGCUGCGUUCCCUAGGCCUCUAUGCAGCCAACACUCUGGGCGAUGGCAACUGUCUAUUUCGAGCUCUCUCAGAUCAGCUAUACGGCUCUCCCUCGAAGCAUGCCCAAUUGAGACAGGACAUUUGCGAUUUCAUCGUCAAGCACAAGUCUCGCUAUGAGCCGUUUGUCGAGGACGAGAGGGGUCUGGAUGUCCAUAUCCGAUGCAUGCGCGAGAACGGGACGUAUGGCGGCCACCUCGAGCUCAGCUCGUUUGCUCACAUGGUCAAGCGUAACGUCAAGGUUAUCCAGCCGGGGCUUGUGUAUGUAAUUGAGUGGGAUGCGGGGCUCGAUGAGCAGGAGCGGCAGAAGGCUCUGCGACAGCUAGAAGCAGAGGAGCACGACGACACGAUUAGCAAGGGGACCAUUUAUGUGGCCUACCACGACUGGGAGCACUUUUCGUCCAUCCGCAAUCUCAAGGGGCCUCACAGCGGCUUCCCCAAUGUCCAGGAGACUGCCCCGGCCUACCAAGACCCACCGGCCGCUAUCACGCCGAAGGAACGGGAGAGGGAAGCUAAGCGCCAGCGAGAGAAGGAAAGGAAGGAGAGGGAGAAGGCCAGGAAGCUGCCCAAAGUCAAGCUGAAACUCUCGGCCCCAUCCCCAAUCGAGUCGACGCUGUCAACGUCACAAGACCCAGCAGACGUUCCCCUGCCCGAGUCGCAAGUCCCUUCAUCGUCGUCCACACCUGCACCAGAAGUUCCUGCAUCCUCUUCUGCAUCACCGCCGCAUUCGACCGCCUCGCAACUGUCAUUACCCUCCGGCCCCAUCCCAUCGGCACUUCCUCAUUCCAUGCGCAUCCACAGAUCCCCUAAACGGACCUUUGACGAAUCCACAUCAAGCGAGGACGGCCAGAGCGUGGCAGACGACGUCGAGCGGAGCCGAGGAGUCGACAAACGGAGUCGGAUCGGGAGUCUCGCGCUGUCGCAUCAAAUCGACACCGAGCAGGACGCUGACACCGACUCGGCGGAGAAGGAGCGCGAGGAGACCCCUGGUCUUUCGGCACCCGGAUCUUCCAGUUCCUCAAGCUCUUCCAGUGCCGCUGAGGAUGACGAAGAGGUCGCAGAGACUAAUCAUGUCGUCGCGAGUCUGCUGGACGAUGACGGGUAUUCCAGCCUUAGCGAACUCGAGUCUCUCCCACCUUCACCCGGCCCGACCUCGGUCUCCGCACCCGUCCCCGCACGCCAUCGCUCGCUCGAACCGACCAGCGCCAGUCCCAUGUCCAAACGAGCUCUGAAACGCCAACAGCAUCUCUCCCAUAUGCCUGCGCACCACCAGUCAGCUUCCGCCCGGGGUGAGAAACCCCUGACAAGACGACAGCGCAAGGCACUCGGGCUGCCCAAACCCCGAGCCGCCCUGGUCUUUGGCGCGGACAAUAACUCACCUGGGGCUGGGAGGGUGAGUGGUGCUGGGAAGAUUAUUAUCCCUGGGGGACGGUACCAAGGCCGGAAUGCGGUGAAGGUCCGGGAAUUUAGGGACGGUGAGCAGGAUGAAGGGGGUGGUGAGGAGGUGGAGGAGUGGGUGAGGACCGGCGUUGGGAGGGUUGAUGUGAGGGGAUUUAGGGAGCUUAAGAUUUGA